GGCGGGCCAAAGGGGAAGCGGGGUCCUUCUCUAGGGCGGUCGCACAGGCAGCGGCUGUGUGAAGCCGGGCGCAGGCACCAUGUACUACAAGUUUAGCGGCUUCACGCAGAAGUUGGCUGGAGCUUGGGCUUCGGAAGCCUAUAGUCCGCAGGGGUUAAAGCCCUUGGUUUCCACCGAAGCACCGCCUAUCAUCUUUGCCACACCGACUAAACUGACCUCCAGUCCCACAGCAUACGAUUAUGCGGGGAAGAACAGAGUUCCAGAGCUGCAGAAAUUCUUCCAGAAGGCUGAUGGUGUGCCCAUCCACCUGAAGCGAGGCCUUCCCGACCAAAUGCUUUACCGGACCACCAUGGCGCUGACUGUGGGAGGGACCAUCUACUGCCUGAUUGCCCUCUACAUGGCUGCGCAGCCCAAAAACAAAUGAAUACGUGGAGGACUGGUGUACUUCGUGGCACAAACCCUUUGAAUUUUCAGCUCUGUUUUGUUUUUUUUUCCACUUGGAUGGUCUACUAACAUUUUUGCACUCAAAGGAAAAGAUAAGAACACAAGCCUUUUGGUUGUUUAUGAAAUGCAGAUGGCCUGUCAGAUGUCAGAACUCAUUUGACAGUUAAAACUAUUGUUUGAGGAAAUGACACUGAACCAUGUUUGUGCUCCUGAUUUCCCUGGAGGUUCUGGAUGAAAGUUGCUCGCGGCCUCAUUAAUGGCAGUCUGGGCUCAGGGCUCAGGGCUCUGUCUAAGCAGGAAUACAGAAGCCUGUCUGGGUUUAGUGUGACUGAGGAAGACGAGCUAGAGAGGUCGGGCAUGUGAAAUGAAGGUUUGAUUAGCCUCCUGGGCUUUCCCACUUUGCAGCGAAAUGUUAACAGAAAUUACUGCAAUCUGUCUUUGUUUGUCGGGCAGUUGGUUUCAAAGGGUUCUUUGCCUCGCCCAGCUCCUUAGUGAAAUGUCGUCUAUUUGUUCCAUCAUGGGAAAGAGAACACCUGUCAGGGUUGCUCUUUAGACAGCUGUACCAGAAAUUCUCCUGUAAUAAUGCUAUGACUUUAAGUUAUGAUUUACUUGACUGUGGAAUAAAUACAUGAAUACAAA